AUGAGCCAGCAGGAUGCGGUCGCUGCGCUUUCAGAACGCCUUCUCAUAGCUGCGUACAAAGGCCAAGCAGAGAAUGUGGUUCAACUUAUCAACAAGGGCGCCAAGGUAGCGGUUACCAAGCAUGGCCGGACGCCCUUGCAUCUUGCUGCCAAUAAGGGCCAUCUUUCUGUGGUCCAGAUCUUGCUGAAGGCUGGCUGCGACCUCGAUGUGCAGGACGAUGGGGACCAGACCGCCUUGCAUCGGGCCACGGUGGUGGGGAACACUGAGAUCAUCACGGCGCUCAUCCAAGAGGGUUGUGCUCUGGACAGACAAGAUAAGGACGGAACAGCCCUGCAUGAAGCCUCCUGGCAUGGUUUCAGCCAGUCAGCUAAGCUGCUCAUUAAAGCAGGAGCCAACGUGCUUGCCAGGAACAAGGCAGGGAACACAGCCCUGCACCUGGCCUGCCAGAACAGCCAUUCCCAGAGCACACGAGUCCUCCUGCUGGGUGGCUCCCGCGCUGACCUCAAAAAUAACGCAGGCGACACCUGUUUGCACGUUGCUGUGCGCUAUAAUCACUUGUCCAUCAUUAGGCUGCUCCUCAGUGCUUUCUGUUCAGUCCAUGAAAAGAACCAGGCUGGAGACACAGCCCUUCAUGUUGCCGCUGCCCUAAACCACAAGAAGGUGGUUAAAAUCUUAUUAGAAGCUGGAGCAGAUGGGACCAUUGUGAAUAAUGUAGGCCAGACCCCACUGGAGACUGCUCGCUACCACAAUAACCCAGAAGUGGCUCUGCUCCUCACUAAAGCUCCCCAGGUCUUGCGCUUCAGUCGUGGGCGAAGCCUGCGGAAGAGGAGAGAGAAGCUCAAGCAAGGAAGGAGGGCCCAGUCCGUGCCCAGAGAUGAGGUGGCACAGAGCAAGGGAAGUGGCUCAGCCAGAGACACCCCCAGCAGUGAGCAGGCUGUGCUCAGAAAAGAAGAGGCUGGAGAAGAUUUCCUGUCAGCCUCCCCAGAGCCCAGAGCAAAGGAUAACAGGAGAAGAAAGUCGAGACCCAAGGUGUCAGCCUUGUCUGACCCCACCCCUCCGGUAGACCAGCAGCCUGGACACCAGAAGAACUUGCACGCUCAUCACCACCCCAGAAAGAAGAGCAGGCACCGGGGCUCCUCCCCGCCCCCGCCCCACGAGUUCAGAGCCUACCAACUGUACACACUGUACCGGGGCAAGGAUGGGAAAGUGAUGCAGGCACCAAUAGAUGGUUGUCGCUGUGAACCUCUCAUCAAUAAGCUGGAGAAUCAGUUGGAAGCAACCGUGGAAGAGAUAAAAGCAGAGCUGGGGUCUGUGCAAGAUAAAAUUAACAUGAAGCUGGGCCACAUGGAAGCCAAAACACAGCACCAAAUGCGUGUUUUGGACAAGCUGAUGGUGGAGCGACUCUCAGCAGAGAGAACCGAGUGCCUGAGUCGCCUGCAGCAGCACUCAGAUGCCGAGAAGCACGACGGAGAGAAGCGACAGAUGUCGUUGGUGGAUGAAUUAAAAACCUGGUGCAUGUUAAAGAUUCAGAAUCUGGAGCUGAAGCUUUCUGGAGAGUCUAGGACGUCCAAGGCUAAAUCCACACCCUCCACAUGUGACUCCUCUACAGGUGUGGAUCAAUCCUUGGCGACUGCAGGGCCUGCAGCAGCAUCUGACAGUUCCUCUCAGGUGGUUCGACCCAAGGAAAAGGCCCUCAACUCCACAGCUACCCACAGACUCCAGCAGGAGCUGUCUUCUUCUGACUGUACAGGUUCCCGACUGAGGAAUGUCAAGGUCCAGACAGCACUGCUGCCCUUGAAUGAGGCAGCCAAAGGUGACCAGCAGGCGGGCUCCUGUGUCAAUAGAGGCACCCAGACCAAGAAGUCUGGUAGAAGUGGCCAGACAAGGCAUCGAGGCCAGCAGCCAGCAGCCAGCAGCCCUCACAGGCAGCUGCCAGCAGCAGCAAGCAGUGACCAGGCCACCGCCCCUCAUGGUCGAGACACCUCACAAGCACUGGAGCUCACCCAGUAUUUUUUUGAGGCCGUUUCUACUCAGAUGGAAAAGUGGUAUGAAAGGAAGAUCGAAGAAGCGCGAAGCCAAGCCAAUCAGAGAGCCCAGCAAGACAAGGCCACUCUGAAGGAGCACAUCAAAAGUUUAGAAGAAGAGCUUGCUAAAUUAAGGACGAAGGUGCAGAAGGAAAAUUAGACAGGGAGAACGGAAGAGGGUUCUUGGGGGUUUCUGGUUUUGUAACUGCAGAGU